AUUUAAAACAAAGUAAAAGAAUUUUAUUAACCGGUUUUCAAAAUUUAUCAUGACUUUGUAUUCAAAUAUUAUAAUUUUUUUUAAUGAAGAAUUCGUACUGCGGUAAUUUAAUUAUUUAAAAAAAUUAAAAUUGCAAUUAUAAAUAAUAGUAAAUUAUAAAUUAAGUCCCAAAAAAAAUAAUUAUAAUAAUUUAAUUAAUUAAUUAUUGAUAAUUAAAAAUGGAUAUUGACGUGCAUCCGUUGACGAACAAUCCAACAGAAGCUUGGUCAGAAUUAUCACAGCAUCAGAAAGUUAUUAAAAUAAAUGCAAAACCACCUGCAGCCGAAGCUCCAACUAACAAAUUAAGAGUCGUCUGUAUGAGUGACACCCAUUCAUUGACACCAUUCAUCAAAUUCGAUAUACCACCGGGUGACAUAUUUAUUCAUGCUGGUGAUUUUACUAAAUGCGGAAGCUUGCAAGAAGUCAUUGACUUCAACACUUGGAUUGGCAAUUUACCUCAUAAACACAAAAUAGUUAUAGCGGGUAACCAUGAGCUGAGUUUCGAUUCAACAUUUACUCAUCCAUUUACUCCUAAAAAUGUUGGAGACCGACACAAACACACCGGGACAAGUAUUUUAGACGGCAUCCCAACUCUAGGAAUGUCUAAAGACACGUUAGCUGAAGCUAUCCAGACUAAAAAUAUUAAAAAUUAUCUUACUAAUUGUACUUAUUUAGAAGACUCGGAAGUAACUUUAUACGGGAUAAAAAUCUACGGGACCCCUUGGCAACCGGAGUUCUGUAAGUGGGCAUUCAAUGUCCCGAGGGGUGGUCCCUGUCUAUCAAAAUGGGACUUGAUACCCGCGGACACAGAUAUUUUAAUCACACACACCCCGCCCAUUGGUCACGGGGACUUGUGCUGCAGUGGAGUGAGGGCUGGAUGUGUCGAGUUGCUGACGAGUGUACAGAAAAGAAUAAAACCAAAGUAUCAUGUCUUCGGACACAUACACGAAGGGUACGGAAUAUCAUCGGACGGAAAAAUAAUUUACAUAAAUGCAUCGACAUGUGAUCUAAAUUAUUUACCAAGCAAUCCUCCAAUUGUUUUUGAUAUAACAUUACCACCAGGUGUAGAAAAAACGUCCGAUUAAUUAUAAUUAAUUAAAUUUACAGGGUAUUUGUUACAAUCGACUAGUCUAGAAGAUUUGAUUUAUUUUAUUCAAAUCAGUCAGUAAAAAUUGCCGGGAAAAGUAGAGCUAGAAUAAAUAAUUUCUUUUUUUUUAUUCAAAUCACGUAUGGAAAUAAAAUUAAAAAAAUUUUUACUUAAAAGUCCUCCCCCCACCCCUCAAAAUUUUUUAUCUCCGGCAAUUUCUACUGAUUAAAUAAAAAUGACCAAAAUUAAUGGAGUGUAUUUUUUAAAAGUGCCAAGAACUAAGACUAGAAUUAGUUUUUGGAGUGAUAAAAAAUUAAAUAUCAUUUUAAUUGUAAUUAAUUAUUAUUAAUUAAAGCUUGAGCUUAAUCUGUGAUUUUUUUAAGCAUCGCUUGCACAACUAUAGUUUUAUUUAUUUAUUUAUUAACACCGGCACACAAAAAAAAAUAAAUUCUCUGUACUUUUGACGGGACCGAUUUAUUCUUAUGUAUUUUGACCCGCUGAAUCCGAAUCCGAGGUCCGUUUAACCCGUACACCCUCAGAUUUUUAGAAAACUUUAAAAAACCUCAAAAAUACACAAAAAUCGAACGUUUUUUAAAUUUAUAAAUUUUUUUAACUCUAACUAAGCAUGAUUUUUAUGUAUUUCGGUCCUCCACAUACUGACCUGAAGUUUAUUUAAAACAUUAGCCAUUUAAAGUCUGAGUAAAUUCCAAAAAACCCAAAAAAAUUGCAAAUUUUAGGGGAUAGAUAUAAGCGGAGAACGAAUUAAUAUUGAAAUAACGUUUCUAUAAAGAUUUUUUGAAGCAUAUUAAAAUUUUUUUAUGUUUUAGGCCAAAAUAUUUUUUAUAUAUAUAUCACAGAUCGAACAGUAUGAUUUCUUUUAUUUAUUUCAAAUUAAAAAUUGAUUUUUGUUAUACCAAAUUUUAUUUUUUCGAUUUUUUGGGAAUUUUUGCCAUUUAUUUAAAAUUUUAGAGAUGUCUGAGCCAUGGAUGUUCGAGAAUUAUGUGACAGAUAAACAUACAUGAAAAUAAUUAUUUAUUUAGCCGUAUAAAAUUUUUUUCAUCACAAUACUAAGAAUUUUUUUGCAAUUUUUUGGGGUUUUUUGGAAUUUACUCAGACUUUAAAUGGCUAAUGUUUUAAAUAAACUUCAGGUCAGUAUGUGGAGGACCGAAAUACAUAAAAAUCAUGCUUAGUUAGGGUUAAAAAAAUUUAUAAAUUUAAAAAACGGUCGAUUUUUGUGUAUUUUUGAGGUUUUUUAAAGUUUUCUAAAAAUCUGAGGGUGUACGGGUUAAACGGACCUCGGAUUCGGAUUCAGCGGGUCAAAAUACAUGGGAAUAAAUCGGUCCCGUCAAAAGUACAGAGAACUUAUUUUUUUUUGUGUGCCGGUGUAAUUAAUUAAUUAUUGAAAAUAGUCAAUAAAUAAAUUUUGUAAAUUUGAAAGGAAGGAUAAUAAAAUAACUGCGAUUUAUAAUAAAACAAUUGUAUUUUAUAAUGUACAACAGAAUAAUUAUGUUGUUUCGUUAUAAUUAUCAAUUACUUAAUUAGAAAAAAAAAAAAAUGGGGCUUUAAAAAAAAUGUAUUAAAUGGAUACGAAAUAAUGCCACUGUUUAUAUUCAGACUCGUAUUGCCUAUCUUUGUACUUUAUACCUUUUAAACAGUAAAAUAAUAAUUAAAAAAAUAGUAAUGAUCAAUUAACUCAGUUAAUUAAAGAGUAAAAAAAAAUAAACGAAUUUUGAUCUUUUUUAUUUAAAUGUUUUUUUAAAAUAUUUAUUUAAUA